GGAGCCGGAUCUAAGAUGGCAGCGGCGACGGCGGCGGCGGGCCCGGGCGCGGGCGGCGCGGGGGUGGCGGGCCCGGUCGGCGCGGGGCCCUGCUCGGCCGUGUCGGUGUUCCCCGGCGCCCGCCUCCUCACCAUCGGCGACGCGAACGGCGAGAUCCAGCGGCACGCGGAGCAGCAGGCGCUGCGCCUCGAGGUGCGCGCCGGCCCGGACGCGGCGGGCAUCGCCCUCUACAGCCAUGAAGACGUGUGCGUGUUCAAGUGCUCCGUGUCCCGGGAGACCGAGUGCAGCCGCGUGGGCAAGCAGUCCUUCAUCAUCACGCUCGGCUGCAACAGCGUCCUCAUCCAGUUCGCCACGCCCAACGAUUUCUGUUCCUUCUACAACAUCCUGAAGACCUGCCGGGGCCACACCCUGGAGCGCUCGGUGUUCAGCGAGCGCACCGAGGAGUCCUCCGCCGUGCAGUAUUUCCAGUUUUACGGCUACCUGUCCCAGCAGCAGAACAUGAUGCAGGACUACGUGCGCACGGGCACCUACCAGCGCGCCAUCCUGCAGAACCACACGGACUUCAAGGACAAGAUCGUCCUUGACGUGGGCUGUGGCUCUGGGAUCCUGUCGUUUUUCGCCGCCCAGGCCGGAGCAAGGAAGAUCUAUGCGGUGGAGGCCAGCACCAUGGCCCAGCAUGCCGAGGUCUUGGUGAAGAGUAACAACCUCACCGACCGCAUCGUGGUCAUCCCCGGGAAGGUGGAGGAGGUCUCGCUGCCCGAGCAGGUGGACAUCAUCAUCUCGGAGCCCAUGGGCUAUAUGCUCUUCAACGAGCGCAUGCUCGAGAGCUACCUCCACGCCAAGAAGUACCUGCGGCCUGGCGGAAACAUGUUCCCCACCAUCGGUGACGUCCACCUGGCACCCUUCACGGACGAGCAGCUCUACAUGGAACAGUUCACCAAGGCCAACUUCUGGUACCAGCCCUCCUUCCACGGCGUGGACCUGUCGGCCCUCCGAGGCGCCGCGGUGGACGAGUACUUCCGGCAGCCUGUGGUGGACACAUUUGACAUCCGGAUCCUGAUGGCCAAGUCUGUCAAGUACACGGUGAACUUCUUAGAAGCCAAAGAAGGAGAUUUGCACAGGAUAGAAAUCCCAUUCAAAUUCCACAUGCUGCAUUCCGGGCUGGUGCACGGCCUGGCCUUCUGGUUUGACGUCGCUUUCAUCGGCUCCAUAAUGACCGUGUGGCUGUCCACGGCCCCGACGGAGCCACUGACCCACUGGUACCAGGUCCGGUGCCUGUUCCAGUCGCCACUCUUCGCCAAGGCUGGGGACACGCUCUCAGGGACAUGUCUGCUUAUUGCCAACAAAAGACAGAGCUACGACAUCAGUAUUGUGGCCCAGGUGGACCAGACGGGCUCCAAAUCCAGCAACCUCCUGGACCUGAAGAACCCCUUCUUCAGAUACACAGGGACGACGCCCUCGCCCCCACCCGGCUCCCACUACACGUCGCCGUCGGAGAACAUGUGGAACACGGGCAGCACCUAUAACCUGAGCAGCGGGAUGGCCGUGGCCGGGAUGCCGACCGCCUACGACCUGAGCAGUGUUAUCGCCGGCGGCUCCAGCGUGGGCCACAACAACCUGAUUCCUCUGGCCAACACGGGGAUUGUCAAUCACACGCACUCGCGGAUGGGCUCCAUAAUGAGCACGGGGAUUGUCCAAGGCUCGUCGGGCGCCCAGGGCGGCGGCGGCGGCGGCUCCAGCGCCCACUACGCGGUCAACAGCCAGUUCACCAUGGGUGGCCCCGCCAUCUCCAUGGCCUCACCCAUGUCCAUCCCGACCAACACCAUGCACUACGGGAGCUAGACCUGCGCGGGACAGACGGACUGCCAGCACCAGGAAACCAAAUGAAGCCAGCCGCCCCCGCGGCGGCGCGCCCGUCCUGGAGGAGCCCCACCCCCGGCCCCAGCCCUCUUUGCUAUGGGAACUCGGACACUUUUUUACACGAUGUCGUUGUCGCCGCUGCCCCCACCCCACUGCCCACCCACCUCUUGGCCCUGAGUGCGUGUCGCUGCCAUGUUUUACACGAGAUCAUGUCGUGGGAGCCCUCGGCCCCCUCCUGCCCUCUCCACCCUGACCUGGGUUUGACAUCUGCCGCAUCUGGGCCUGACAGCUGCCGGUGGCGGUGGGGGAACAGCUGUCACCCCGCCUGGCCCCUGGGCGCCUGCCCUGGCUCGUCCCCUGUGGGAGGGCCAUCCUGGCUGGGCGGGGCCUCCCUUUCCACUCCCAGGCCUUGGUCACCAUGGGCGUGACGUGCUGCUUUUUUUAAUUUUAUUUUUUUACGAAAAGAACCAGUGUCAAUCCACAGCCCCUCUGAGAAAGCAGGCCGGCCGGGCCGAGCCAGCAGCCCCUCCUGACCCAGAGGCUCCGUCGGGGGCGGGCUUUCUGGGGGUGGCGGCCCUGCCGGGUCUGCAGGCCGGGCCCCCUCCCCCAAGGGUUCACCUCACACUUGAAUGUACAACCCAGCCCGGCAGUCGGGAAGGCCCUCCGUCCUAGGCCCCGCCUCUUGCUGCUGUCCUGUCCCUGAGCCCCUGCAGGUCUACCCUCCACCCCUACCCCCACCCCGCCAAGAGCGAGAGCAGGCGGCCCCGGGCCUGGCGGGCAGGGCCACCGUGGCGGCCCGGGGCAGACACAGAAACCUCAUGGACCUGUUGUGGAAGGCGUCCUCUUUCCUGUAGCUAAUGUCAGGCCUGUGUGUCUCCCUCAACCUUCCUAGACGCUCCAGUCCCCACUACUAAGAUGGCAUUUGGGCCCCCCCAGCCUGGGAAGGGGCCUGGCAGGGACCUGUCCCUCCAAAAGAAAUAAAAAGGAAAUGUAUGUUUCA